CACAAUGCUGAGGGCGCUUGCGCAUGCAUUCACACGCAUGCGCACAUCUGUUAGAGGCGGCGAUUACUCACUAUUUUUGUUUUUAUUUAGUUAUUUAGAACCUUUUCACAGCCUCAAAGAUACUUUUUGCAUGUAUUACCCUCUCAUACUUUUAACCAUUGUGUUUUUUUGUGUUAGCUUUGAAGCAGUUGACCACAUUAGUCACGUAGCGUGUUUAAACCGUCCUUAUUUGAUAUAACUACAUUUAAGUAUUUUCUGCAGGCAUUUUUUUAGUACCUUAUUCCCGUAUGCAUCUAAACAAAACAAGUUUAGAGCGCACGGUAGUACUUUAGGUCUCAAAUUCGACUAAUGUAGGACGUUUCGCCGAUGUAGGAUAUUUUGGCAGAACACCGGAAGACAAGUUGUCACACAGACGGGAAGAGGAGAAGAGGCAACAACUAGGCCACAUACCCGAUUGACGGUCAUCUCGGUCACGCGUUUUCAAGGUGGAAGGAUGCCUCUGGACACUGAACGUAAGGAGCUGCUGUUGAAAAUGCUGAUGGAGCUGGGGGAGGACCACUUCCAGUCCUUCAACAGUUAUUAAGAUACCUGAUCGACGGUCACCUCCCUCAUGCGUAUAUACUGUAAGUCAGAAGGAUGGCUCUGGACAGUGGCCGGAAGGAGCUGCUUUUGAGCACGCUGAAGGAGCUGGGGGAGAAAGACUUUGAGGAAUUCAGGUUCUACACGGACCUGCCUGAAAGUGUAAAGGAAAACACCCGCCAGGUGUACAUUGCCAAUGAGCUGAUGAAGAAGCACGCCGAGAACACUCUGGAUGAGACCGUCAAGAUUCUGGAGAAGAUCGGGAACAACGAUUUGGCCCAGAAGCUGCGCAGCAAGAUACUGAACAUAAAAGGCGCUGACUUCUCUGUCCACGAUGACGAUCGGAUUGCCAGAUUGAAGAGGGAGCUCCAAGACAACCUGUUGUGUUUAUACAGCUUUGCUUCCGAGGGCACCUCCGAGCGCUGGCAGCAACAGCCUCUGGCGGACGUCUACACGGAGCUGGACUUCACCUAUGGGGCAGACGUCAGCCCAGACGGGUGGCAUGAGGUCCUCCAGAUGGAGACGUGUGCUGCCGCGGCCAAGCAGUCUAUCCUGCCACGCGACAUCUUCAAAAGCCCUGACGGGAACCGGCAAUCGAUACGCACAAUGCUCACCGUUGGCUUCGCAGGAAUAGGAAAAACCUUCCUGAUUCAAAAGUUUGUGUCGGACUGGGCCAGCGGUAGUACCAACCAGGACGUGGACUUCAUAUUUCCUUUCACCUUCCGCGAGUUAAACAUGGACAAAGGGAAGACGUUUACGCUGGCCGAGCUGAUACGAUGUUAUGUCUGCAGCAACAGGCACAUGAGCAAGGAGAUGCUGAACUAUAUAUUUGCAGACCUGCAGACAUCCGGGAAGCGGGACUUCGAAAGCAGCAGGAUCAAGAUCUUGUUUGUCCUGGACGGACUGGACGAGUGCAACUUCAAAAUCGACUUGAAGAAUACGAGGAAAGUGGACAUGGACAUAAGGGAAAGCUACCCGCUGGAGGAACUGCUGGCGUAUCUCAUCAAUGGGAACCUGCUUCCGUGCGCCAGGGUUUGGAUCACCACACGGCCCGCGGCUGCCCGCGAUAUGCCCUCCGACCUCAUAGACAGCCGAACAGAGGUGGUAGGAUUCAGCGAUUCCCGGAGGCUGGAGUACUUCAGGAAAAGGUUCCCAAAUGAGGAGCGCGUCAUUGAGUACAUUCGGAAAUCUCGCACCAUCUUCAUCAUGUGCCACAUUCCCAUCUUCUGCUGGCUCACCGCCAAAGUUCUUCAGGUUCAUUUGGACAAAGGGAAGGAGGGAGAGCUUCCCACAACGCUGACUGACAUGUACUCAGCUUUUAUUGGUCACCACCUGGAAAACUCCAAGGAGAGAAAUACAGCGGAGUACAUCCCUGACGUGAAAGCGCUCGCCAAGCUGGCCUUUGACCACACCAUGAAUAACUGUCAGAUCUUCUACGAGAAUGACCUGGAGGACAGCGGCUUUGAUUACGGCCAAACAGCAAAACACUGCGGUUUAUUCACAGAGGUGUUUAAGGAGGUCCAUCCGCUCAAAAGCAAGAAACAAAAGAUGUUUCAGUUUAUCCACCUGACCAUCCAGGAGUAUCUGGCCGCACUGUACGUAAUGAUGUGUUUCUUCCACGACAACAAGAACGUACUGGAUAAAUCAAGAUGGAAAAAAUUGUUCAUGCCUGUUAAGCAGAAGACAAUCACUGAGGUCCACAAGUCAGCUCUCCAGAAAGCCUCGGAAAGUGAAGGAACUCUGGACAUGUUCCUCCGCUUCCUCGUUGGCCUUUCAUUGCAGUCCAACCAGGAAAUAGUGGGGGAACUGCUGAAGGCUCCUCGGGACUGCGGGCAAAGCAAGUCAAAGACAGUCAAGUUGAUCAAGGAAAGGAUCAAACAGAACACUCCAGAAAAGAACGUCAACUUGUUCUACUGCCUAAACGAGCUGAAGGACGACUCCUUGCUGAAGCAGAUCCAGACAGAACUAGAUUCAGGACGUCUUUCCUGGCAUCAAAUGUCAAAUGACAUGUGGUCGGCCCUGGCCUUCUUCUUACUUACAGACGACGAAACCAUGAAGUCCUUUCAUCUUGCCAGCUACUCCUCAUCACCGUUGGGGCUGGAAAAGCUGCUGUUGGUGGUCAGGGCUUCUCAAAAAGCAGAUCUAAGUCAAUGUCGCCUGGACGAAGGCAGCGGUCACCUGCUGGCUUCUGUUCUCAGUUCUCCAUCCAACCUGAGGCAUCUGGACCUGGGCAAUAAGAAUGACCUGUUCACCCAGAACGAUGUUUCCGACAAGGGGGUGGAGAUCCUCUCGAAAGGACUGGCCAGCCCACACUGCAACUUAGAAGUCCUCAAGCUGUCAUGGUGCAGAAUCUCGAAGAAAGGAUGUGUUUCAUUGGCUGAGGCUCUCAAGGUAACCCCCUCCCAUCUUCAAGAGCUGGACCUCAGCUUCAACGGCCUAUCGGACGAGGGGGUCGAGAUCCUCUCAAAAGGACUGGCCAGCCCACACUGCAUCUUACAAAUCCUCAAGCUGUCACGGUGCGAGAUUACGGUUAAAGGAUGUGUUUCAUUGGCUGAGGCACUGAAGGUAACCCCCUCCCAUCUUCAAGAGCUGGACCUGAGCUGGAACGAUCUGUUGGAUGAAGGGGUCGAGAUCCUCUCAAAAGGACUGGCCAGCCCACAUUGCAUCUUAAAAGUCCUCAAGCUGUCCUCCUGUGAGAUCACCAGUAAAGGAUGUGUUUCAUUGGCUGAGGCACUGAAGGUAACCUCCUCCCAUCUUCAAGAGCUGGACCUGAGCUCGAACGAUCUGUCGGACGAAGGGGUUGAGAUCCUCUCGAAAGGACUGGCCAGCCCACACUGCAUCUUAAAAAUCCUCAAGCUGUUCAACUGUGGGAUCACCAGUCAAGGAUGUGUUUCAUUGGUUGAGGCACUGAAGGUAACCUCCUCCCAUCUUCAAGAGCUGGACCUGAGCUCGAACGAUCUGUCGGAUGAAGGGGUUGAGAUCCUCUCGAAAGGACUGGCCAGCCCAAACUGCAUCUUAAAAGUCCUCAAUCUGGAACACUGCAGGAUCACCAGUAGAGGAUGUGUUUCAUUGGCUGAGGCACUGAAGGUAACCUCCUCCCAUCUUCAAGAGCUGGACCUGAGCGGGAGCGAUCUGUCGGAUGAAGGGGUCGAGAUCCUCUCGAAAGGACUGGCCAGCCCACACUGCAUCUUGAAAGUCCUCAACCUGUCACUGUGCAAGAUAGCAGAUAAAGGAGGCAUUUCAUUGGCCAAGGCUCUCAAGUUAAACCCCUCCCAUCUUCAAGAGUUGAAUCUCAGGGCAAAUCGAAUAGAGAAAGAAGGAAAGAGGAUCUUAUUGGAGAUCAAGGAGGAUCCCAGCUAUAGCCUGAAGACUGUCAGAUUUAAAUGAGAUUAAGAACGUUUGGUCCUUGGCGUCAAGAAGGGCGAGUCAUUCCAAAUGUUCAUUAUUAGAAGACGUCGAGUCCAUUUGGUCUCCUUCAGAUUUAGUUCGGUCUCAUGUACUCUCCAACGAUCGCAAGAGGACCGGGUGUCGGCACUACGGGCAAAGCGGCCUCGCUCACAGAAUUCGGGGAGGUCGUCGUCGGGUUCUUUGCAGCCAAAUGGAGGUGGAGUUCAAGGGGAAGGUCUACGACGUUCCCACCAAACUGCUGGCAGUUGUAUUCAUCCAUUUAUUUGUACUGGAAGGGGCUGUCCAAAUGGAUUGGACUCUAGAGCAUCAUCAAUGGCAGCCAGUGAGUUCAAUAAGUACCCUUUAAAGGGUUAAUUUAUGUUUUUCACAAAUUUAGAAGAAAAUGUGAUACGUACACCUAAAAUAGUUUUGCUCAUUUUGACAUCUGUGUUUUAAAUUUUAUCAUUUUCACUUUUUUGUGCAAUAUGUUGCUGUGUAUGAGAACAUUAAAACCCUAACGUGAAAUAAACGUUUUUAAAAAUCAUCUAAAAAUUCAAAAUGAACUUGAAUCAAUACACUAGAAACGUUUCAUUUUGUUGACUUGAUUGAAAUGCAGGAAAGUCAGGAGGUCGAGUCUCCAAUACAAUGAGAAGAAUUACAAUGCCAAGUAACACGACUCUGAUUAUGUUUUUUAAAAAGAAAUGAUAAGCAGUAUAUGAGUUCUUUUAACCAAAUAUGUUUUACUUGAGUGCAUUUAAUGGAUGACCCCUUUUUCUUAACUUGAGUCAUAUUAUUUGGAAGUAAUGCUCAUUCUUGGGUACAAUUUUCGGCUUCCCUACCCAACUUUGGAAAAGUAACAAACGACUGGUGUAUGGCAAAGUAGCAAGAGUAGCAUAUUUUCUUCACACAUCUAUUCAAGUGAAAUGUUUGGUGUGGUGAAACUACUGUUAAAAGUACUUUUUUUUUCUCUCCAAAUUUCAAUGUCCCGGAAAAAAAAAAUAUGCAUCACUACCCGCCUCAUUGACGCCGCCGGAUGAGCCCUUUCAGUGCAAAGGGUUGGGUCUCCUCUAAUGUCCCAACAGGAUGGAUAGGAAAAGAAAACAUAAUUUUUCAAAAUAUUUGUUCGUCAAUGGCAGCAAAUGCGUUCACAGAGACAUUAUUGGAGUGGAAAAAAUUGGUAGCAACCUGUUGGUUUCUUUUUUAUUACUAAUUAAUUAAAAAAUAUAUGCAAACAACAACAAAAAAGCAAAUCCAAAAAUAAUUGCAUAUAAGAAAACGCAACAACAGAUCUCAAAAAUAAUAAAUUCAUUCACUCCCAAAGAUGUGUUUUAUAGAACACUUAGGUUCGCGUUCAAAAGUGUAUCAAAAAAAUACUGGCUGUUUUUCAACUGCUCAUAACUAAAGAAUGGUAAAGAGUAGGAAAAAUGAUUUUCAUGAUUCAAGAUUGCAAUCCAAUUGUUCUCUUUUGGGGUUUGUGUAGCCAUCAAUCACAAUAUUCUGUGGCGCUUGACAGAUCAGUUAAAAUCAAUGUAAAUGAACAAAAGGAAAUGGCUUCUAAAAAUGGAUUGGAGUGAAUUUUUGUCCACAAACUGAGUAGUUUUUCUCCAGUGUCUCCCAGUCAAUAUGCAUUGGACUUCUAGCGCCAUCACUGGCAGCCAAUGAGUUCAAUUUAGGGAGGGAAUCACAAUUCAUGUCUAAAAGGGUAAAUAUUUUUUAACAAGAAAACUGUCAUUUAUCUAAAAUAUCAGCUAAAUGGGUCAAUUUAAUGUACAGGCAUGAAAAUGGGUCAGGGGUGAAAAAUGUGAGAAGGGUGUGGAGGAAAUAUGUUCCGGUACACCGAACAACUAAGUCUGUCCCAAACAACUAAUUUUCUCCCGAUUAGUCAGCCAACUGUUUUUACGUUACGAUUAGUCGACUAAUCUAAUAAUCCCCCCCCCCCCCCUUUUUUUUUUUUCUAAUUUAGCAAUGAAAUUGUUGAUGGCACUUAUUCAUUCAAAAAACUUUUUGGAACACUUAAAUUCUUUAUUAAAGUACAAAUAAACACGUAAAUAACAAUAAAUCGCAAAUAAAUAAUAAGGUCAAAUGCUCAUAGCAUUAACUAGUGAAAAAGAGGAAUGUAAACGGAUUCAGAACACUGACUUCGCCUUUCCAACAUGAUUGAAAAUAACUUUAAAAAAAAAAAAAAUCUAGCAUUAAUAUAUAUAUAUACUACAACAUAUAAUAUUAGUAUAAUAAUUAUUCAUUGCCAAUCAGAUUUUUCAUAAAGGGUGUCAUUGUAAAGCUACUCUUAUUGUAGAAUUUGAAUUCUGCAGUAUGUGGGAUUAACUCCAGAAACCGUUAUUUAUAUGACGAACAUGACGUGCUUUUAUUUUGAAAUGUUCACCGGAAGUACGUUCGCUAAACCGCUAAUUGGAAGCUUUGCACUCCGCAAAAAAAGUUAUUUUUGUCAUUGCAUGUGGUGUCAGUAAUCCAUUUUUUUCAUUUCUUUCAUUUGCAAAUGCUGUUAAGCAGCGACUUUUCAUGUUUGAAGUUUCACCUUUUAACCGCAAGUUUGCGUUUUGGAGAAGACUGCCAAUACUUUAUAGCAGGCUAAAGUAGGUUGUCUUUUUCCCCAUCAGCCUUAAUGUAGCAAUGCUAACAUUUACAGUGUUUGAUAUAGAUGUGUUUCCUUAUUUUGUACUGUAUAUCUGAACUUUAAC